GAGCGUCCCACAGAUCUGAGGAGCGCUGCAGCGGGAAAAGUUAACCUUUAAGUACCACAGACCGUCCAAAGGAGGGAGAAACGCAGAGAUGGCAACCCAGGCGGAGCAGCUGCCCCAACUGCACCUUGCUGAGCUCACCGCAGCGCAGUUCAUCGACAUCUGGAAACACUACGACACAGACGGAAACGGCUACAUUGAAGGGAAGGAGCUGGAGAGCUUCUUCAUAGAGCUGGAGACCGCAAGGCGAGGAGCUGGUGUGGACCCUUCACACGCUCUAUUCAAGGAAAAACUGAAGGAGUUCAUGGCCAACUUUGACAAGAACUCUGAUGGCAGAAUUGAGAUGUCUGAGUUGGUGCAGAUUCUACCGACAGAGGAAAAUUUCCUGAUCUGUUUCAGAGAGUUUGUGCGAUCCAGUGCUGAAUUCAUGGACGCUUGGCGGAGAUAUGACACUGAUCGUAGUGGCUACAUUGAGUCCAAUGAACUGAAGGGUUUCCUGUCAGACCUGCUAAAGAAGGCCAACAGAGAUUAUGAUGACAAGAAGCUUAAUGACUACACACAGACAAUUUUGAAGAUGUUUGACACGAAUGGUGAUGGUAAACUUGGGCUCUCUGAGAUGGCAAGGCUUCUACCAGUCCAGGAAAAUUUUCUUAUCAAGUUUCAGGGUAUCAGACUCACUGUUAAAGAAUUCGACUCGCUCUUCACCUUCUAUGAUAAGGAUGGCAAUGGCUAUAUUGAUGAACAGGAGCUGGAUGCUCUGCUGAAGGACCUCUGUGACAAGAACAAAAUGGACUUGGACUCGACCGGCCUGGUGGACUACAAGAAGAGCAUCAUGGCUCUGUCUGACGGAGGGAAACUGUACCGCACUGAGAUGGAGAUUGUCCUGUGCCGGGACUCCACACUGUGACCUACCUGCCUGUCUUCUGCCUGCUUGGGACCCUCCUGUCUUCCUGCACUGCUUCCUCCUUCCUACCUCUCAAUGUAACCUGGUGCAUGUGUGACCUCCGGCCAAAACACUUAGAGCAAAGACAACGGUGCGCCUGAAAGCACAGAAAAUACCCGCUGAUCUUGCUGUUUUAGAUGUUUCUUUUCUUACAAAAUAUAAAGCUAAGUAUUAAGAUUCUAAUGGUAACUGAAUAUUAUUGUGCAAUUUGCUUUGUAUUUUUAAGUUAUUAAAAAUGUUCUCUGUAGAUGUAGGAAUAUAUAUUUAUUCUGUAGCAUUUCCUUGUUUUGUUUAUUUUGGUUGAAUUUGUUAUAAUUUUCUAGUUUUAUUUCAGGAGGCUGGUACUGUUCUAUAGAAAUAUACAUUUGGAGAAAAAAAAAUAAACUGAACGGAAAUAUAAAAGCUGCUCCAAUAA